GGUGGUUUCACUUCACAUCCCUCUCAGCUCAGUAGCUCAGUAGCUCACUGCCCAUCACACAUUCAAACCUCACCUCCACAAGCAGUUCCAAUUCCGGCAAUGGCGUCGUCCGCGUUGAGGAGCUGCGGUGUUGCAGCCGUUUUCCCGUCCGCCCUCUCUUCUUCGAGAUCCAAGUUCGCCACUGCAAUUGCCCUCCCUGGUGUCUCCUCUAAUGCCUCCUCACGCUUCACCAUGUCCGCCGAGUGGAUGCCUGGUCAGCCUCGCCCACCUUACCUCGAUGGCUCCGCACCAGGUGACUAUGGGUUCGAUCCUCUUCGGCUAGGUGAGGUCCCAGAAAACCUGGAGAGAUUCAAGGAAUCUGAACUCAUUCACUGCAGAUGGGCAAUGCUUGCAGUGCCAGGGAUGUUGGUGCCAGAGGCGCUAGGAUUAGGAAACUGGGUGAAGGCACAGGAGUGGGCUGCAGUGCCGGGAGGGCAAGCAACCUACCUGGGCAACCCAGUGCCAUGGGGAACCCUCCCAACCAUCCUGGUCAUAGAAUUCCUUGGCAUAGCCUUCGUGGAGCACCAACGCAGCAUGGAGAAAGACCCAGAGAAGAAGAAAUACCCAGGUGGUGCCUUUGACCCGCUCGGCUUCUCCAAGGACCCCGUCAAAUUCAAGGAAUACAAAAUCAAGGAAAUUAAGAAUGGUCGUCUUGCUUUGUUGGCCUUUGUAGGCUUCUGUGUCCAACAGUCGGCUUAUCCAGGAACAGGCCCAUUGGAGAAUCUGGCAACCCACUUGGCUGACCCAUGGCACAACAACAUUGGGGAUGUCCUGAUCCCCAGAUCAAUUUUUCCUUGAUCACACCAUGCAUAUUGUUAAUUCCAACUGUACAAUUAUCCAUUCAUUUUUCUAUGAUGAUGAAUUAGAAUUAUAUUCCAUA